AUCUGUAAUAAAGGCAUUACUUGUACUUCGAUAUUCACAUUGUUUAAUAAUUAACUGGGCGCGGAUAAAAUCGUGACCGACAAAGCUGAAAUUCGCGUGCCCAUCGGAAGAAGGUCGAAUGAAUUUUUUAUGCUAUGUCGCAUGUGUGUACUAUGCUGCAUUAUGUGUGCCUUUACCUGUUUACCCUCGUCCCGAUAACACGACAGUUAACGCUCUGACGUACUCGUGAAAGGUGUCACCGUCACCGCUUUCCCGCUUUCUCCAGCUUCUACGUGCCCGUCACAAUUAGCGGAAACGUGACUUGUAGCUAUUCGUCGACUUAACGUAACUGAAAUUCGUCGGAAAAACGAGUGAGUUGAGCGAUCAAUCGCCCGGCCGAGGAUGAGGAAGACGAAGGCACAAAUUCGAAGUAAAGCAGCGGCCGCAGAACCGCCGAAAUUGUGGAGUAUCCUAAAGAAACAAGCUGCCGAAUUUUGUCGCGAGACUGGAUUACACGGUUACAAAUACAUCAGUCAGACUCAACGUUCCAAGACUGAGCGGAUUGUUUGGGCACUGAUGGUGUUUACGUCGCUGUGCUGCGCCGUUGUCUUAAUGAAAAUGACCUGGAAUUAUUACGCGACCCACCCCACACUGACGGUCAUCGAGUCGACGCACCAUGGGAUAUGGAAUUAUCCGUUCCCCGCGAUAACAGUGUGCAAUAUCAAUCGCAUGUCUUACAACCUGACGAAAGAGUUCGUCGACAAUCUGGAAAUACCAGCUAAUGUCUCAAAGCAAUUUUUGCUCCAAGAAAUGCGACUGCUGAACGAAUUGGUAGUGCCGGGAGUAUUCGGAUACGAUGUUCGGAGAAACCUCACCUACCUGCAGGACAUCAUUGAUCACAACGAUUUAUCGAUUCUCGAUGUGAUGAAAAUGAUAACGGGAAAUUGCAGUUCUCUAUUGGUGACUUGCAAGUGGAAAGGCGUGUUAAGCCCGUGUGACAAGUACUUCAGACAAAGUAUAUCGCGGGAUGGCUUGUGCUGUAGUUUCAAUUAUUACACUUCCCCGGGGACAAUUACAGACAAAAUCAAAAAAUCUGCCUCCUGCGGAUACGAAACCGGUAUGACUAUAUUGAUAAACGGUGAGCCUAAUGAUUAUCAUGCUUCGAUCAUCGGAUCAUUCGGAGUGAAGGUCAUGAUACAUUAUUCAUUCGAUUAUCCGGAUUUUAAUGCUGAAAUCCAGCUGAUACAACUCAACAGCCAAUAUUUCGUGAGCGUCAACCCCUCGGAGAUGUACUCGAAGCCCGAAGUGAGGAACUUGGCCAUUUCUACGCGCAAGUGUAUAUUUAACGACGAAGCUGACGAGCUCCUAUUCAGGGAUGGUAAGGAGAGAAAUUUAACCUACACCACGUACACAUAUCACAAUUGUCUCGCAGAAUGUCGAGCGACUGUGGUGAGGGCGAAAUGCGGCUGCGUACCCUUUUACUUCCCACAAAAUAGCACCAGAAUAUGCAAUCUCAGGGAUAUUCACUGCUUGCAAGAAUAUCAGACGCUAUUCGACACUUCGUGGCCAGGAAUAAACCUUACUGCUCAGAAAAAUCUGCCGAGAACGAUCAGUGAUGUCGGAAGGAGACCGUGCGGAUGCAUACCGGACUGCUCUCUGUAUCAUUAUCCCAUAGAGUACUCUUUCGGAAAGCUCGACCCGUCUGUUUACUACAAAAAUGGCGGCUUCUCGAAGAAUCCUCACAACACCACGAGCUUACGAAAUCACAGUAUGCUACACGUAUUCUUCAAUGACCUGGUGGGCUUUCAAUAUCGGCGUUCGGUCAAUUACAGUUGGCGCAAUUUGUUCGCGUCAUUUGGCGGUUUACUUGGACUGUUUGCCGGGUUCAGCCUCAUGUCUAUCUUCGAGUUUCUGUACUUCUUCGUCAUACGCGUAAUCACCGAUGCGUACUUCAACAAUUCCACGAAACACAAUAAUGCACGAUAACACAACAUAAGAACAAAUGCCCAGGAAGAUGUACAGUGCCAUCGAACGACGGUUGAACACGACUACUUUAAGGAAAACCACAUCGUCUCUCUUUCUCUCUCUCUCUCUUUCUCAAUUAUCGUCCCUAAUCAGUAGCGACCAAAAUAACGACCCUCCUCGAGGAAGCUCGCGGAGGAUCAAAAAUCGACGAAAAUUCCCACGAAGGAAUAACGCUGUGCAAAUAAUAGACGCGAAUCGCGCGGGAUACAUCUCGCGCACUCAGCAGACACGGAAUACAAGCGUUACACACAAGGCAGAAGUAACGCCGUGCAGCGAUGCAAUGCUUGGGGGUUGUUGCACGUUAUACGGUUAUGCGGACCGGCGUGUUAGGCGGACUUUUCCAGAGUCUUCAGUUAGUACGGUUAGCCAAGGUAAUGACGUGUGCCAGAGCAGCGGGCCUGGAGUGUUUAACACUUUAUCUGCCUCCUCGAUGUUAUUAAUGAUACUCGCUGAGUCAGGCGUCAGGCAGAGAGAACGCGGGCGAUGAGGCGGUGAGCGGCAUCUUCAAAGUUUAAUAUCCGCAUGAGCGGAGUCACUCCCGGCCGACCAGGCCGUGGAGUCCUGCUAC